AAAAUUUACUGUGUGUCCGAUAACCAUGGAAACUGAGCAUGCGCAAUAAAAUGUCUUGUGACUGUUGACCUCCUUCGUUCCCAUCAUUCAUGGUAGAGUAGUAAAGAUGGCGACGGCUAUGAAACCACUAAGUUGGAGUUGGACCGAUUUAAGGGACAAGUUACGGAAAUGGCGAGAAGAAAACUCACGGGAAAGUGAAGCUAUUGUUCACCAUGGAGAAAUUUUAAUUGCUCAUCAUAAGAAUAAAAUUGGUGAUGAGAUCUGGCCUGUGUAUGAGCAAGUAUGUAUAGCAGCACUUGAUUGUGGUAGGAAUGAUCUGGCAAAUCGUUGUAUUUCUGAGCUCACGUUACAAUUUCCAGACAGUGCGAGAGCACGUAGACUUCAAGGAAUGCAAUUGGAAGCACAAGAAAGAUAUAAAGAAGCACUUCAUUUAUAUGAUGAUCUAUUAAAAAAAGAUGAAUCAAAUGCUCAAAUACGAAAGAGAAAAAUUGCAAUAACAUUAGCUCAGGGUUGUAGAGAUGAGGCUAUCAAGGAACUUAACACACAUUUAAAACAAUUUAUGGGAGACCAAGAAGCAUGGAAAGAGCUUGCAGAUUUGUAUAUAGUAGAACAACAUUAUGAAAAGGCUGUUUUUUGUUAUGAAGAAUUGAUUCUAAGCAACCCACACAAUCACCUAUACCAUCAGCGAUACGCAGAGCUGAAAUACACACAAGGUGGAACUGAAAAUAUGGAGACAGCCAGAAAAUAUUUUGCUCAAACACUGAAGUUGAAUGCAAAAAAUAUGAGAGCUUUAUAUGGAUUUUACUUGGCUGCAAGUAAUUUAAGUUUAGCACCGAAGGCUAAGCAGAAGGAAGAGAACAAAAGAUAUGCAGACUGGGCACAUCAGCAGAUUUGCCAAAGAUACAAGGAAGUGCAAGAUGAGCAAAUGGAAGAGGAUCAGCAAUUGAUGAAACAGAUGAUGUUGGCACUUGACAUUACCACAGCCAACCAAUGAAUUUUUUUAGAUGGACACAGCCAACCAAUUAAAUCCUUUAGAUCACGAUCUAAGGAGUUACCAUUUGACAUGUAUGUCGCUGAGCUCUCAAAUGCAACUUGUGACUGUCUCUGAAUACAAAACAGGCUUGGAGUUGUAUGUUUCACGAAUCAGCAUUUUAACACACCAAGUAGCCAAUGGCAACAUCCACCUGAAAAUCAUGUGAAAAUUGACAAAACCAUUGUGGUGUUAGUAGAUCCAGGUUAUUCAUAGUCCUUAAAAUUGCCACCGAAAUACAAAUUCAAGACCUGUUCAGACAAAUAGGAUAAGAUAAAUAAGAUUUCUAUAGUGUUCAAAUCCAUUUUAAAGAAAUGCUCAAGGCUCUUGAGAAAAUAAACUGCGAAGAGAGGUAGAUUUGGAAAACUAAGCCAGAAAAUGCCCUAUAAACUCACCAGAAGCAGAGGAACCAGCAUUACUGCUCUGUUUACCAGCACUUUGAAGGCCCAAUGAGGGCUCACUAGCUCAUGACCCACAGGAGGUCAAAUAAUGCAAGUUCAAAAGUUCAAAUCAUUCAGUUAUAGAAAAUAUUGAUGUUCAUGGCCCACAUAAUUAUUUGUAAUAUUUGAUCAGAGAUGUGUGUAUUCAGGUCCAAGUACCAUGUGUGCUUACACCAUAGUUACACAUACCAUGUGUGCUCAUUUCGUAGUUACACAUACUGUACCAUAUGUGCAUGUUAAGGUCUAUUCGUCUACAUUUUCAAGUCUUAGAUGAAUGUACAUUCAGUGGAUUUUUCAGAGCGUCCAAACUCCACGACUAACCAAUCAGAACAUGUUAUUGUCAGGGCAAGAAAUUGUGCAAGUUAAAAUAUAAUUACGCCAUCAUUUUGUGGGACCUUGGCAACAAUAUCCAAGGGGCGGGAUAAGUAAUGCAGUCUGUUGGUCAGUAUAAGUAACAGCCAAUCAAAAGGCUUGAGAGUUCGGGAUAUUUUUGCCAUAUGCAUAGUGAGAUGAAUAUGUGACUGUAAACAUUUGGGAAUGGCACAUCAAUGCAUACUAAUAAAUAAUUUUGUAAACAAUUAUUAUUUAUCUUCAUACAAAUGAAAUGGUUUUAUGGGGCGGAACAUUUUCAUUUUUCACAAAAAAGAAUCAUCAUUAUUUGUAUUAUACAACACCUACUGUAUAUAAAUCAUUUCAGUGAAUUUAUAUUGUCUACUCCUGCAAGGUGCUCAAAACGUUAAACGUGGCGAGCUGCCGAUCUACGCCUAUAUAAUCUUCCAUCCCGAACAAUGCAGUUCAUUUUAAAUUGGCAAAUGGAACAAAUACUAAAUGAAAAGUUGCAUCAGCCAUGCGAUGUAUUUUUUUUAUUGACUGGUUAUAUAAUUCAUACUUAUCCAUGUCAGUGCUCAUCUGAGGUACUAUUGUAUGUUAGGAAAUACAGUAUAGGUUUUGAAUAUAGUAAUAUAUAUUUACUGUAUGUACGGAUGUGUACAUAUGGGGCGCGAGUCUCAUGUUUAAUAAUUGAUAUCAUGGUUGUAUCAGUGUGAAUAAACAAUAAAUAAAAUAUAGAAACAA